AUGGAGAAGCUGACUGUUAUAUUUAUUUCUUCACCCGAUCACAAAGCCGCAUCUUCUUUGGACAGCGGAGUUGCUGGAUACAUGAAAAUCUACAUUAGCUACCUGCUUUCACGUUUGUGGAGUAUCAUGAAAUUUCGAUAUGGAAGCAUCUAUAUUUGGCCGAUAGCCAUCGUAUUUUGUAACCUGUUGGUUAUAUUAUCCUAUUAUGCUCUAGCGAUUUCGAAGGUCAAAAUGACUCCGACCUACAUGAACCAGAAAAUCAUGAACUGUGAUGCGAAGCGACGACUACCCAGCUGUAUUAUUAUAGGUACACCGAAGUCGGGUACGAAAGCAUUACUUGAGUUUAUUGGGGUACAUCCAUCUGUUGUCGUUGCCGAGGGAGAACCGAAAUUUUUCCACAGGGAGGAUAACUUCCAGAAAGGGAUGAAUUACUACUUGGAGAAAAUGCCUCUGUCUUGUCCUGAUCAAAUCACUAUAGAAAAAUCACCGGAAUAUUUCUACAGUGACAAAGCACCGGUUCGGAUAAAAAAAAUGAACAAAACUAUCAAGUUGAUUUUGAUUGUUAAAAAUCCCGUGGAUCGUUCUAUAUCGGAAUACAUCCACCGACGAUACUACCACAACAUAAAGGAGGCAAAACACACCUUUGAAGAGCUUGUUUACGAUGAUAAAACCGACAAACUCAAGACGUCAUAUUACCCGAUUAUGAGAUCACUUUACUCUCGAUAUGUCAUUCGCUGGCUGCAACAUUUCCCCUUAAACCAGAUCCACGUGGCAGACGGUAGCAAACUGAUUGUAGACCCAUCAGAAGAGGUGCUCAAAGUUCAAGAUUUUCUCGGUCUAAAGAGGGUGAUUUCCAAGGACAACUUUAUAUAUAAUAACACCAGGGGAUUCUACUGUUUGUUAAUAGACUCUGAAUCGAAAUGUUUGCCACCAAAUAAGGGUCACCGAAACGUAAGCACAAGCAAGGUAAUAGCAAAACAAAUGGCUAAAUACUUUAAACCAUAUAACGAUAUGUUUUUCCAGUUAAUAAAUAAAACUCUAUCUUGGACUUAAAUAAAAUAUAUACAGCAUGAAAACAAAACUAGAAUCAGGUGAAAAAAAAUGAGAAAGCCAAGAAGAGCAACAAACACUUUAGCGAAAACAAAACAAAUGAAUAAAUAUAGACUAUUUUUGAAAUUA